AUGUCCACCUGCACGGUUUCGGCUAAUAGCCCCAACUUUUUGACCGAUGAGACCUUACAAGAGGCCUACGAACUUGAUCUACAGUCACAAAAUGGUGAACAUAUCCGAUUUGGCGAGCUUGUGGCGGGAAAGGGGGACUCAGUAACCACAAUUGUCGUUUUCGUGCGCCAUUUCUUCUGCCUCUAUGAGCAAGGCUAUGUCAGAACGCUUGCUCGACAACUCAGCGAGUCCCUCCUUGACACGAUCCCAGCCAGCGCCAAACCAGCCCAGGUAAUCAUCAUUGGGUGCGGAGACCACACCCUUAUAGGGCCAUACAUGGAAGAAACAUCCGACGCAUUCCCCAUCUACAGCGACCCGUCUGAGAGGUUAUACGACCAACUACUUAUGAAGAGAGCCUGGAAAGGAUUUACUGAUCCUCCACCCUAUGCACCUGGAUCACUCUACAGCGCUUUCGGGAAGUGUCUCAAGCAAAUGUGGAAGCGGGGGUGGGCGGGGCUGAAAGGCGGGCCUUGGAGCCAACAGGGAGGUGAAUGGAUCUUUCAACGGGGGAAGCUUCGGUAUGCACAUCGAAUGGAGGGCGCGAAUGACCAUCUCACGGCGGACCAAUUGUUCAAUAUCUUGAAGACGGGCCAAGAGAAGGACUGCUCUUCAUUCCUUGAAACGUCAUCUCGGAGCCGUGACGAAACGGAGGAAGGAUCUCAGGGUACAACAUCCUGA